UUUCCGACGCAAACUCAGUGGCGGCAUUUUCAACUAGAUGAACCCACCGUCUGCAGUUCCGCCCUCGCGUUCCACUGUUUUGUGUGAAGGUAACCGAUGGGGAUCCGAAUGGCGGCGGUUGAGCUGUUGGAACGGCUUGCGUCUGAGAGAGGCCUCUGGUGAUUGUCAGCCUAAUGAGCGGACGGCAAAGAACGCUUUUCCAGACGUGGGGCUCAAGCAUUUCUCGAUCAGCCGGAGCCCCGGGUUGCAGCUCUGGACCUGAGCGGCCUCAGAGCCCGGGCACCUCUACGGCACAUUUUCCUCCGGCUGCAGAGGCUCAGCCGGAGUCGGACGAUGAUGUAUUGCUGGUUGCAGUGUAUGAGGCCGAGCAGCAGCUGAGGGUAGAGAAUGGCGGUUUCUGCACCUCAGCGGGCUCCCUGUGGAUUUACCCUACUAAUUGCCCAGUGCGGGACUACCAGCUACAGAUUACCCGGACUUCUCUGUUUUGCAACACGCUGGUGUGUCUCCCUACUGGCUUGGGAAAGACCUUUAUUGCCGCCGUGGUCAUGUACAAUUUCUACCGCUGGUUCCCUUCCGGCAAGGUGGUCUUCAUGGCCCCCACGAAACCUUUGGUGACACAGCAGAUCGAGGCUUGCUACCGAGUGAUGGGUAUUCCGCAGUCCCACAUGGCCGAAAUGACAGGAACUACUCAAGCUUUCACCAGGAAGGAAAUAUGGCGCAGUAAGAGAGUCCUUUUUCUUACACCUCAAGUCAUGGUAAAUGAUCUUUCUAGAGGAGCUUGUCCUGCUGCUGAAAUAAAGUGUCUAGUUAUUGAUGAAGCUCAUAAAGCUCUUGGAAACUACGCUUAUUGUCAGGUUGUAAGAGAACUGUUCAAAUAUACAAAUCACUUUAGAAUCUUGGCUCUCAGUGCCACACCAGGUAGUGAUAUAAAGGCUGUUCAACAGGUUAUUACUAACCUACGAAUUGGGCAGAUAGAACUUCGUUCUGAAGAUUCUCCGGAUAUUUUGCCAUACUCUCAUGAAAGACGAGUUGAAAAGCUAGUUGUUCCCCUUGGUGAAGAACUUGCAGCCAUCCAAAAGGCAUAUAUCCAGGUUUUGGAAGCAUUUGCCAGUUCUUUGAUUCAGAGGAAUAUUUUGAUGAGAAGGGAUAUCCCCAAUCUAACAAAAUACCAGAUAAUUUUGGCAAGAGAUCAAUUUAGGAAAAACCCAUCUCCAAAUAUUGUGGGAAUACAACAAGGCAUAAUCGAGGGAGAGUUUGCUAUUUGUAUUAGUUUAUAUCAUGGUUAUGAAUUAUUGCAGCAAAUGGGAAUGAGAUCAUUAUAUUUCUUCCUUUGUGGAAUUAUGGAUGGAACUAAAGGAAUGACUCGGGCAAAAAAUGAACUUAGCCGAAAUGAGGACUUCAUGAAACUCUAUAAUCAUCUAGCGUGUAUGUUUGCACAUACAUGUGGUACUUCAGCAAAUGGCUUUUCUACUAUCCAAAAAGGAGAUAAAGAUAAAAAAUUUUUCUACAGUCAUCCAAAGUUAAAAAAAUUAGAAGAAGUUGUACUUGAACACUUCAAGUCAUGGAAUAUUCAAAACACCUCUGAAAAGAAAUGUGAUGAGACCAGAGUUAUGAUCUUCUCUUCAUUUCGGGAUAGUGUUCAAGAAAUUGCAGAAAUGCUAUUACAGCAUCAGCCAGUUAUUAGAGUGAUGACUUUUGUUGGCCAUGCCUCAGGGAAAAGCAUGAAGGGAUUCACCCAGAAGGAGCAACUGGAGGUUGUGAAACAGUUUCGUAGUGGUGGUUAUAAUACAUUGGUUUCUACUUGUGUUGGUGAAGAAGGUUUGGAUAUAGGAGAAGUUGAUCUUAUAAUAUGUUUUGAUGCCCAGAAGAGCCCAAUUCGUCUUGUACAACGAAUGGGCAGAACUGGCCGCAAACGUAAAGGCAGAAUUGUUGUUAUCCUUGCUGAAGGACGAGAAGAACGUACUUAUAAUCAAAGUCAGUCCAACAAAAGAAGUAUUUAUAAAGCAAUUUCAGGUAACAGGCAAGUUCUUCAUUUUUACCAAGGAAGUCCACGAAUGGUUCCUGAUGGAAUCAACCCAGAAUUACACAAAAUGUUUAUCACUUGUGCUGCUGCCUAUGAACCAGAGAAGCCUUGGAACUUGCAGCGGAAGUCCUCUAACUUUUCCUAUAAGAAUGGAAUGAAGCAAAGUAAUUCAAAGAAAGAUUGGUUCUUAUCAGCAGAAGAAUUUAAAUUAUGGAACAGACGUUAUAGGUUAAGAGACACUGAUGAAAUUAAGGAAAUAACAUUGCCUCAAGUUCAGUUUUUAUCUUUAGAAAAUGAAGAAAACACACCAAAUGAAGAACCAACCAUUGGAAUUCAUCAACUCUCUCUUUCUGAAUGGAGAGUGUGGCAGGAUCAUCCUUUUCCUACGUAUCAAGUUGACCAUUCAGAUCGAUGCCACCAUUUUAUAAGUAUUAUGCAAAUGAUAGAAGGAAUGAGACAUGAAGAGGGAGAAUGCAGCUAUGAAUUGGAACUUAAAUCUUACUUAAAAAUGGAAGAUGUUAGCUCAACAUUCAGUGCUCCCAGGAAUGAAUAUAAUCCUCUUGCCAAUGGUACUUUUACUAGUAACAAGAAAUCUUCAUUUUUAGGGAAUAUAAAUCAAGGCAGUUCAUUCUUAAUGACAGAAUCUGAUGAAGAAUGUGCUGAAAUUUUUAAACAAACUCAUGUCAAACCUGCUAAAAUUGCUUCUCUAAAGAAAAAAGCCUCUAAAGAAUUGAAAAAAGAUCAGCCUAUGAAAGAAAAUAAUGAUACUGUUAUGAAUUCUUUAGAUACUGAUGGCAGUACUACUGUUGAAAAUAUUUCUCAGGUAGACCGACUAAAUGAUAAAAGAGCAUCAAAUACAGAUGAAGUUGCUGCUGCCAUAUGUGCUGUCAAUGAAAAUGUUAAUCAGCCACAUGAAUUAAUGGAAUGUCAAUUCACAAAUGAAUCUAGUUCAUUUGCUGGAAAUUUUUUAGAUUCUGGUUAUAACAGUUUCACUGAUGAGAAAUACAGUUCAUCUAGCUUAUUUCUUCCAUUUGAGGAAGAGCUUUGUAUAGCUAAAACAGAUGAUCAAUUUUAUAAUUGUCAUUCAUUAACAAAAGAGGUAUUAGCUAAUGUAGAGAGAUUUUUAUCUCAUUCUCCUCCACCUCUCUCUGGACUCUCAAAUUUGGAAUAUGAAAUUGCUGAGUGUUGUAAACUUGAUCAUUUGCCUUUCCUAUCCUACAAUGAGUAUUUACAAAAUGAUAAAUCUACUUGUUUGAUGUCAUACUCACCUGUAAAUUCUCAACAGGAUUUAGAAUUGAAUUCGCUUAAAUUUAUUAAUCAUCCUUCUGAAAAAAGUUGCUUUUAUAAUGCAACUAAUGAUAAGAUUUCUGAUGAGCCAGGUUUCUAUGACUAUGUUGAUAAAGUACAGAAAGAUAAUAAAAAUGAAAAUUUAGUAUCCAGCAAUCAUAUUCAAAUAAACAUAGGCCCUCCAAAGUGUUUAGUUGAAGAAAAAAAUUGUGAUACGGGUAACAGUGGCCUUCCAGUAUUGUUCACUGAUCAAAAUAAGAGUUUACCACUAUUCAAAGAUCUUAAUACAGAGUUUGACCUGAGCCUUUCUCCCUCGAACAAUAAAUAUAAAUCUUCAGGUGUGUCAGGCAAAACUGCUGUAAGUGAAAUGGCACUGGACUCUCAGUUCUUAAUUUCUGAUGAACUUUUGUUAGAUAGUAAUCCUCAACUCCAAGACCAAAUUAUCUGUGAUACUAAUAGUUGGAAAUCUCAUGAAGAUAUGAGAGGGAUAUAUAAGGAAAAACUGAAGAAUGAUGAAUAUGUUUUUGACUGCUCUAAGGAUUUAUUUUCUGUUACAUUUGAUUUAGGAUUUUGUAGUCCAGAUUCUGAUGAUGAAAUAUUAGGACAUGCAUCAGAUACAAAUAAUAAAUUUUUAGAUGAUCUUUCUGGAAGGUGUUUACAUAUUAAGGAGACCAAUGAUGCACAUUAUGUUUCGAAUCAAGCAGUAAUACCACAAGAUCAUGUUGCUGGUUUUACAAGUAGAACUAUUACUAUCCCAUCAAGUGAAGAUAAGUGGAGUCCAAGUUUUGCACAUUUUCCACAGAGUGCAGCAAAAAAUAAAGAAUUUAUGUCUCCAGGGUAUUCUCAAUUUUCUUUGCCAGUAGGAGAAAAAGUUAUGAGUACACCACUUUCUGAAUCAAACACAUUGAACUCAUUUUCUAAGAAUAGAAAGGAAGUGCCUAGGACACCAGAUUCUAAUAAAGGAAAAGUAGAUCUACAGAGUUUCAAAGAAACAUUGAAUUCAACUUUUGUUGACUCAGGACUUCAUGUAGAAAAGGCUAAAAGCAGGGAAGAAAUCAAUUUUCUUCAGUCCUAUCAUCCUGCUAAAGAUGAACAGUUAACAAGCAAUGAAAGUGAAGAUGAUGAGAUUUGCCACAGAAAAAUUAAAAAAACAAAAGGAAAUGUUUUAGAAUCCCCUGAGGAUCAGAAAAAUAGUGAAGUUGAUUCCCCACUUCAGGCUGUAAAAAAGCGCAGAGUUCCUCCAAACAGAUUAGAAUUAUCAUCUAGUGAUGAAAGUGAGAAUUUUCACAAAGGACAUCCACAAUUAGAAGAUUUUGGAGGUUAUAACAGAAAUUCAAAAAGAGGCAUCAAAGUCCGAAAGAAGCAGAGUCACUUUAAGCUUGCAGGUAGGAAGUUUUUAGAUGAUGAAGCAGAACUUUCCCAACAAGAGGCAGAGUAUGUUUCGUCAGAUGAAAAUGAUGAGUCAGAAAAUGAACAAGACUCCUCAUUACUUGACUUCUUAAAUGAUGAAACUCAACUUUCACAGGCAAUAAAUGAUUCUGAAAUGAGAGCUAUUUACAUGAAAUCUUUGCACAGUCCAUUGAUGAGCAAUCGGUAUAAAAUGGUCCAUAAGAAACAUACCAACAUAAAUAUUUUCUCACAGAUUCCUGAGCAAGAUGAAACCUACUUAGAAGACAGUUUUUGUGUUGAUGAAGAUGAGUCUUACAAAAGCCAAUCAAGUGAGGAAGAAGUGUGUGUUGAUUUUAACAUAAUAACUGAAGAUUGCUUUGCAAGUGGGAGCAAAAAAUAUAAAACCCGACGUGCAGUAAAGCUAAAACAAAUGGAGAUGAGACAAAAUUGUGCACGUUCAAAAAAGAAAUUAUCUAGAAUUAUUUUACCAGAUGAUUCAAGCGAAGAGGAAAACACUGUAAAUGAUAAAAGAGAAUCCAAUAUUGUUAACCCAAGCACUGUUAAUAAGAGCAAACAGCAGGACCAUUGUUUGAAUAUAGUGCCUUCUGGGUCUUCACUGCAGUCCAAGGACAAUUCUCCAAUUGUUAAUCAGUUGCCAAAGCAGAGACAGCAGGCACCGCUUAAUUUAAAGGAUGCAGUUUCUGAUGUCUCAGACUUCAAACUUCAGAGCUGUAAUAAAAUUGACUGUACCUCACUGUCAUUUCCUACUGUUGAUUCACAGAAAGACUGUAAAAAACUUCCUAUUUAUUCAAAGGUUGGUAGUACUCUGGAGGAUUCUAGAACUUCAGUGGCAUACUGUUCCAAUUCAAGACCACAUUUGGCUGGCACACAUGAUUCUCUUAGAGUUCCACAGGAAGGCCAAAGAACUUGUAUUCUUGUAGAUAGUUGUGAAAUCACUUCUGGAACAGAAGUAAUUUCUUCCCUAAGAGCAAUUCAUGGCUUACAAGUAGAGGUUUGUCCUCUUAAUGGUUGUGAUUACAUUGUGAGUAACCGCAUGGUGGUGGAAAGGAGGUCUCAAUCUGAGAUGUUAAAUAGUAUCAAUAAGAACAAAUUAAUUGACCAGAUUCAGCACCUACAGAGCAUGUUUGAAAGAAUAUGUGUGAUUGUGGAAAAGGACAGAGAAAAAACAGGAGACACAUCCAGGAUGUUUAGAAGAACAAAGAGCUAUGACAACUUGCUCACUACCUUAAUUGGUGCUGGAAUCCGAAUUCUUUUCAGUUCCUGCCAAGAAGAAACUGCAGAUUUGUUGAAGGAACUGUCUUUAGUAGAACAAAGAAAGAAUGUUGGUAUUCAUAUCCCAACAGUGGUGAACAGAAGUAAAUGUGAGGCACUUCAGUUUUAUUUAAGUAUUCCCCAUAUAAGUUAUAUAACUGCAUUAAAUAUGUGUCACCGGUUUUCUUCUGUGAAAAGGAUGACUAACAGCUCACCUCAAGAAAUCUCCAUGUAUGCACAAGUAACUCAUCAAAAGGCUGAGGAGAUAUAUAGAUAUAUUCACUAUGUAUUUAACAUGCAAAUGUUACCAGAUGGUCUUAACCAAGGUAGACUACAAUCUGAUGCAUGAUCAUACUGCUCGGGUAUAUGAAAGAACUCUCGCAAUACUAAAUGCACUUCAAUAAUCAUUGCUGUGGUUUGUGAUGAUCAGUUUAAAAGAUGUAAAAGAGUAUUUCCAUAUCUAUUUUAUAUUGUGUACAUUUUCAUUUAUAUGUUAUAAAUUAUUUAAAAGAAAAUCUGACGUUCAGUAAUCAUUUUGAUUAACUAGAUUAUGAAACUUUUUAUUGAAUAAAAAAAAGUUACUGAAGGUGCUAAUAAAGUAAAAGCUCGAGUUAGAUAUGUUCUAGGAAUUUUCCAGAGAUUAUGGUACUGUACUUACCAUUUGUUAGUAUAAUAGGUUGAGGUGUCUGCUUCCAACUUAGUAGUUGUAAAUAAUUUUUCCUAUAUAUGAACAAUAUCAUCUAGAAUAUUUUAAUGUCCUAAGUCUACAUACAUUUUGUAUCAGAUACGGGAGGUAGAGGUAGGUGUUUUGUGAGAUAAAUGUUCCAGUUACUAAGAGAGAUGAAAAUUUAACUGAAAGUGAUUAUCUUACCAAAAGAGUCCCAAUCAAGUAUAGUCAAAUCCUGCUGUAGUAUGAACUCCAGCCUACACUACUUUUUUUGUUGUUGAAAUAUAUUCAAAGAAGCGGAAUAUUGGCUUAGACUUGGAAAAUUAGUAUAAAUGAAUUGUUGAAAGUGGAUUUUAUUGUGACCAUAACAGUGUUAUCUGUGAUGCUAUUUAUAUUUUAAGAUGUCUCCAUGUUUUCAUCUGCCACAUCUGAGCCUCUUCUGGUCAGUCUAGUGCUAAUGCAGCCUUUAACUAUGCCCCUCCCACCCCCACCCCCCCAUUUAGAGUCCUGUAUUCUCUCGUUGCCUUACUGUUUCUUCUGUUACACUACAGGGUAGUUGCACCAGGUUCACAGCAGAGUUUUUCUUACCUUAGACUAGGCAGGCACUUCAGUUCAUGAAAUUCAAAUUGCUGUUCUCUUAUCACGUGGUAUAAGUGAGGCCCACAAACAAGUUGACUUAUUCAAGUUUACUGGGAAAUCUAGAACCAAAACUAGAUGCAGUUCUUUUUCACUAAAAAGUUACUCUGAUUGUAAACUUAGCUUCUUUGGGUAGUAGUAUAAUUUAUUUCUUCAGAGAGCAGUGGAUUUCAUAGUUCUGUGGUUCAAGAAUUCUGUCAAAGUCAGAAGUUCUAGAAGUUCCUGGCUUGUGCAGUUAUUGAUUUUUAUCUAUCAAUCAGGCUCAAAUUUACCCUUUAGUAUCUUGCCUUGCUAUAAUGGACUGGACUUUCUCAACAUUUCUCGCUACCGUGGGCAGGAUUUAAGCUUUGUCAGUAGAAGGAAAUAAAGGGCUUGUUUCUGGUUCCA